GCGGAAGUCCGUUCAUUCUGCACCCGGCGUCUUCCAGACUGAAGACAACAUGCUGUGGGCCCUCUCAGCUCUGCUGGUGCUGUUUGGCAGCUUUGACGUGUGGUACUUCCUGAGGGGGCUCUGGGUGAUACUCAACGCUGCCCUCCAGGAGCCGGUGAGGGAUAUCCUGGCCGAGCAGGUGAUCGACAGCCGGGUUCUUCCCCAGGAUCUGGACUUCAUGGGCCACAUGAACAACGCCCGCUACCUGAGGGAGUGCGACAUGGGCCGCUUCGACCUCUUCGCUCGCAACGGGAUCUUCAUGGCCGGUCGUGCGCUGAAGGCCACUAUGGUCAUCGGGGCCUCGACCGUGCGCUACCGGCGCUCGCUUGCUUUCGGGGAGGCCUUCCAGCUGCGCACUCGAAUCGUCAGCUGGGACGAAAAGUCCUUCUACGUGGAGCAACGCUUUGUGUCCAAAUCUGAUGGCUUCAUCUCCGCUGUGAUGCUGUGCCGGCAGAACGUCAUCCGGAGCACUCCGGACAAGAUUCUGGAGCAUCUCUGCAAGAGAAAGGUGGAAUGCCCCGACAUCCCAGAACAUCUUCAGCAGUGGAUCAAGUUCAUCUCCGCCAGCAGCCAGGCGCUCAGAGCAGAGAGCGGAUUGGACGAGAAGACCAAGUGAUGACUGGAGAUCGUAUUUUCUUUACCGAGCCACCUGUUCCUGCUCCUCCCCCACCCCUAAAACCCCGCCUCUCCCCCACCCUCAGAUCCCGCCCACAACGGUACUUAUUUUACCUACCUUAAGAAAGGUAAGGAAAUCGUGAAUCUGAAAAGGAUUUUUUUUGUGUAGAGAUUUACUUAAAAUGUGAAGCCUAUCCAUUCACACGUACUGUAUAUCUAAAGCAUAUAUUGUGUAUAUCUUUUUUUGUUUGUAGAGUACAGAUAAUUUAAUUUUGAUUAUUUAAAAUGAAUGAAUUGACGUAGAAAAGAUGAAACGGUUAAAGCACUUUGAGGUCUUUACUUGAUUCUACUUGAUUAUCAUUUCUCGUACUGUACUAUUACUGUAGUUCAGUCGUUCUCAACCCUUUUAGACCGGGAGAUUGCUGGUUUGAAUCCCGGUUAUGCAGCUAGUCAUCAGCUGCCGGAGCCCCGAGAGAGCACAAUUGGCCUUGUUCUUUCUGGCUGGGUACAGUAGAUGGUGCCCUUUUCUUUCAUUACUUCUAGGGUGAUGUCGAUCAGCACAAGGCUGCGUCUCUGAGCUGAUGUAUCGGAACCAAAUCAUUGCGCUGUGAUGCUACUCGGCAAUGUUGCAUCAUCAGCAGCAGUUUGUGAGGACUAGGCAUGUGCUAGUCUUCACCCUGCUUGUGUUGUGGCAUCACUAGUGAAAUGUUAAAGCACUUUGAGGUCUUUACUUUAAGAUUAUUGUUUCUUGUACUGUACUAUUACUGUAGUUCAGUGGUUCUUAAACCUUUUAGACUAUCAUGUCAAUCCGCCCAGUGGUUCCAGGAUUAGUGGUAGGGCUGCAACUAAUGAUUAUUUUGGUAGUUGACUAAUCUGUCAAUUAUUAAUCUGUCAAUUAUUCGCUUACUCAAUGUUUUUUUCUGCUUCUUGUGGGUACGGCUCCAGUUCCUAGCUUUCUGAAUCAUUUAAAAAAUACAGAAACAGCAGAAUGUUGAAUUUAAAUGUCCCUUAAUUAACCAGAAGAUGUUUACAGUGGCGUGAAAAAGUAUUUGUCACCUUACAGAUUUGCCAUACCAAGGUUUUUCCGGUCAUGAAAAACCUGAAAAAUUCUUGAAAUUUGAAAAUAGCAAUUUCUAGGCCUGGAUAAAAAAAUUAAAAUAAAAAAUACCCACAAAGUUUUGAAAAAGUCAUGUAAAUUUGGUCUACAAAUUUUUAUUUUUCCGCUUAUCGAUGGAGAAAAUCCAUUUUAAGCUAACAAAUACAUCAGCUCAGAUUUAAUUUAGUGAUUUAUCCCUACACAAUGGAGCUCUCAGGACCUGACACACAUUUUAUUACUAAAAAUUGUGUAUCGGAUUUAUUUUGGGCUUACUAUAAUCAAUUUCGAUUAUAGUUUUAGUUUAUUUUCAGUUUUAUUGUCCAUGUCUUCACUGUUUUAAAAAUCAUGAAAAAGUCAUGAAAAUAUCAUUGAAAUUUAUUGUAGAUUAACAUUGUAGAUUAAAGGGCGCAGAGUGGUCCAGUGGUCUAAAGCGCUGUCACUAUGAUCGGGAGAUUGCUGGUUUAAAUCCCGGUCAUGUAGCUUGCCAUCAGCUGCCGGAGCCCUGAGAGAGCACAGUUGGCCUUGCUGUCUCUGGGUGGGUACAGUAGAUGGUGCUCUUUCCCCUCAUCACUCCUAAGGGUGAUGUAGAUCAGCACAAGAUUGCAUCUGUGAGCUGAUGUAUCGGAAUCGAGUCACUGCGCUUUCCUCUGAGUGCGCUGUGAUGAUGCUACUCGGCAGUGCUGUAUUAGGCAUGUGCUUGUCUUCACCCUCCUUGUGUUAUGGUAUCACCAGUGAUGCGGGAUAUACAGCUAAGUAGCAGCUGAAUGGGCGAGGCAAUUGGCCUAGGUAAAUUGAAAAGAAAAAACAAAAAUAAAUUACAAAAAAAAAACAUUGUAGAUUAUGUUGACUAGAAUUGUUGCAGCCCUACUUAGUGGUCAGCACAGAAUGUCUCAAAAGUAAGGAAACAGUAUUCCUUCAUAGUUUUGAUUUCUUUAAUAUUAAUCUAUAACUAGAAAAUAAUACAAAUAAAGAAAAAAAAACUUUAAAUGAAAAUGGGGGUCCAACCUUUGACUACAACUGUUAAAUUGUAAAUUCUUAUAAUCUUAAGAAUUAAACAUGAUCCCCUGCACCCUAAAAAACUACAGUAUUUGCUUGUUUUGGACACAUUAGAAACUAUCUUAGAAACAGUUUUCUGGUGUAGUGACCUGGUAACAGCCUCAGUUUGAGAACUGCUGCUGUAGUUGAUGCUGACUCGACACCGAGAAUGUCUUUAUUUUCGUAAUCUUUUUUUCCUAUUAUUGUUGAUGAAAAGGGAACAUGAGUGUAAAAGCCUUUAUUAGAGUAAUUAUUUAUUAAAGGAGGUGACUGCAUGUACCGGGACCUUAAUACUAGGGCUGCACGAUAUAUCUUUUAAGCAUCGUCAUGGCGAUGUGCGCAUGCGCAAUAGUCACAUCGCAGGACGUGCGAUUUCACUUAAGGCAAUUAAAUCAAACACGUCAUGUUGCAACGUUUUGAUUCUUGACACAAGCAAUAGAUACACAGCGCUGUCUCUGUGUCUGUGUGAGUGACAAGCUGCUGCUGCCUGAGAAGCACGAGGGGUGGCAGGAGUAAACACGAGGUAACUGCAGCAUGGCCUCCAUCCACAUGGUUGGCCACGUGCUUGUAAACGUGGGCACGUGUUGAAAGCUGUGCACCUCAGUCCAGCACAGUUUUUGGUGCAGAUAUUUCCAGUUACAGCAGAAUUCACGCUUUUAAUCCCAGAAAAUUCCCGCUCUUAUUUACCUUUUAAAAAGCCAUUUAAAUGCCUGAUUAAAGAGCCGAUUACUGUUGUUUUGCUGUUUUCCUCGGGUUUUGAGUUGAGCUCAGCGCUGACUCAACUCUUGAUUGGUCCGGAUGCAAGACAGCGAGCGGGUGGGAGUGGGGCUUGGGCUGGUAAUGUCAUGGACCUUGCAUUGUUUAAUUUCGUGUUAAAUAUCGUCGAAAAAAGACAUUUGCAGUGUAAUUUUUUUCCAAUAUCGUGCAGCCCUACUUAAUACUAUACACUGUAUAAAUAGUAUAUUAAUAUUUGACCAAACAUAAAAGGAACCAAUACAGUAUAUCUGACCACGUUAGCUCAAACUGGUCUCUGCUGUUGUGAACUUGGAAAAAAUAGCUUUAAUUUAAAUGUGCACUGACUACUGAAGAAAAGUGAAGAAAAGUGAAUAUUUACAAUGUUAUUGAUUCUAUUAAGUAAUUGUUAGGCCUGUCAUAAUAACUAAUAUUUUUGGACAAUAUAUAUCUUAACAAAAUGAACAAUGUUACUGUCUUAAGACCAUAUUAGGACCAAUUUAUUCCAUUGAUAUAAUGAUAUGAUUGAAUACAGUAGCAUAAAAAUACAAUAACCUUACUCAUUACCAUUAAAGAGAAAUAAACGUAUUAAAUUAUUACAAAUAUUUAAAAAUUGGAAUUGUAAAAAAAAAAAAGUAACAAAUAAUUAAAUAUGAUUAAAUGCCUUACAGAUGUGUCAUAAACAAAAUAAAAAGUCGAUAUACUGGCACAUUCGCAUCAAUAAUGGACAAUACUAAGUGUAGCAAAAAUGAUGGAAAUUAUAUUAUGUCUAUAUAUUGUGUCAUAAUUAUUUAAUUCUAUAAUUAUUGUGGCAGGCCUAUAUACUGUUCCGCAUUUAUCAGUUAUUUAUUAAUAUUUAUUGAUUGUUGACUCUGCUCUGAUUCUGUUAAACUAAUGUAUUGAUUAUGGAUCUGUGGAUUAUGAAUCUGCCCAAGAAAGUGCUUGUUAUUUAUACAAAGAACAUCAUGUUUAUUUCAUUUAUUUAUCUUGUUUGAGGUCAAAUGCACUGAAAUGCACAGUUUGCAUGUUUUUAAUUUAAUGUAAAGUAUUUGCGAUGGAUUCAAGCAAAAGAACAAAAGGCUGCAUUUGGAAAUAAAGUUGUUUUUAAUAAAGAAUUGUGUGAUUGUGCUAAUUUAACAUAUUUAACAGAACCUGAAAGCACUGAAUCUAAUGUACUGUAUAAUAUAAAGUAUGGUAUUAAGCUCUUUCUUCUUCUUUCAUGCUGCCAUCUAGUGUCUGCAGGUAUCUAGGCUAUGCUUGUC